UUCCUUACAUCUGAUCUGAACUUCCCCUGUUCAAGUUUUAACCCAUUGCCCCUUGUCCUAUCACAACAGUCCCUAAUGAAGAGUCCCUCCCCAGCAUCCCUAUAGGCCCCCUUCAGAUACUGGAAGGCUGCUACGAGGUAUGGUGGAUCUAUGCAGAAUUCAAUUCGUAUUGUUGGGAGGGGGAAGUAGACACAGCAAAAUCAAAUGCAUCAGACAUCUACAUUCAAGUGACAAGAGACUGAAGACUGAGUAAUACAAUGUUUUGUCAGGCUACAAUUUCCUGUGAAGUGACCGAUAUCUGUCGGUUCAUAUAGCAGCUAGAUGUUGCAAGCAUCCUUUGACAGGUAGAAGCACAAAACAUACCCUUUGCUUGGGCUCCCACCUUGCUACUAUUUUGACUGCUAGGGAAGUUAUGUCCUUCUGCUUGCACCCAAGAGCUCUCUCAAGGCCAACUGUAGGUAUAGUCCUGGGACAUUACGUGGCUGAGGACUGCUCCUGAUGUUGACUUUGCUUGUGCUAGAGCCUUGAAAAGCCAGACUGGUUGCAGAAGAUGCAUUUGUUUCAUCAGCUAUUGUUGUGGUUAGGUGUGUCCAAGCAGCUGAAAUUUCCCAUCUCACUUCAUACUUAAGAAUUUUCUGUCAGUGCUCAGCUCAGCCCUCUGUCUCUUCCUUCUUUCCCUUUUCAUGGUAAAAGGGGUAUGAAAUUGUGUGGAAUGGCAAAGAUUUUAACCUCCACUGCUGUUUAGCCAGCGCUGGCUCUAGGGCUCCACACAACUUCCAUUCUCAUGGCAUCAGAGGACCUGGCAAACUGCAGCAAAGAAGGGUGAUAUCAUCCCCUUGCAGCCAUGGCUAAAGGUACCUGUGCUGAUACCUUUGUUGUAGGCAGGGGGAUUCAUACUGUACCUGUUAUCUCCAGGAACAAAAGGCUUUUGGAGAAUCUAACAAUUGGGAACUAACAUUAAAUAAACUGAAAUUUGUUCAAAUUGGAAGGGGGCAGGAGUAAGCAAAUGAGAUGAAUCUGGGUAAACGCCACACAAUAGAAUUAAUGAUGAGCAGGCAGGCAACAGGACAGAGGUGAAGCCCAGCCUCUGGAUCCCUAACUCAUCACAUGCUGCUGGAAACCACCAGAGGAACACACGGGAAAGAGGAUGAAGUCACUGUCCCAUACAUGUUUCAGAUGAUUGCAGGAGCACUCAGCCAAAAUCAGCUUGAAGAAGAAGAAAAAUGUGUUAAAGAGUUUAUUCUCUUGACAGAGCUGCAAGUAGCUUAUUCUAAAGAAUGGCGCUGAGUGACCUCCUUUACCCAGAUAACCCCAAGAGAAGGCAAGAACUGAUCCACCUGCACCAGGAAUUGCUUGAUUGCAUGUCCACAAAUUUCCGUGCAACAAAUGAGCUGGCUAGAGUGCUGAAUGAACACCUGGGCUGUACUAUUACCUACAUUCGGAUGAGGGAGAACAGCACAGUCAAGGAAAAUUGUGACAUUAUCAUCAAAGCAAUGAGUGAGAUUCAGCAUCAGGUACAGAAGAUUGAUAGUGACCUGAAGGAAAAGCUAGAGCCUGUGCUGUACCAGAAGCUGUAUGACAUCAAAGAGCCUGAGCUGGAGAAAAUAGCAAUAGCCCAUAAAUUUUUUUCCAUUGUACUUGGAGAAGCAACUUCAACAGCUGGAAUGGUAGCUAUCAAGCUUCUCAGCUCCAAUUUUUUAACGCUCACUGUGAGCAAGCUCGUCAGUCUCCUUGCACAGAUUGGGGCAUCUGUUCUUGGGGGAAUCAGCAUCACUAUUCUUGGACUCGGCAUCGAAAUGAUUCUUCAUGCCAUUCUGGGAGCCAUGGAAAGGAAUCAGCUUCUGGCAGCUGUGAGAAGCUACGAGAAGCACCUGGCUGAGUUUAAAGCAGCCUCGGAAAAGUAUCGGUGUGCCAUACAUGAAGUGACUUCUUUGGUGAGACAGCAGGUCCAGUAAAUGAAGUCAGAGCUCUCUCUCCUGCUGUUACAGUGGCUGCAGCAAUUACACCCACAGAAGCCUUUUUGAUUCAUUAUGGUAAAUGAACUACUGAUGGCUUUUUUUCUUAUUAGUGGCAAGAGAGCAAGAGACCAGGGAACUGGCACUGAAAUAUAUUAAUAAGGAACUGGCUUAUAGGUGCUUCUGGGAGGUAGCACUUCAAAUAUGUUGCAACUUUUCUUCAGCUAUUUUCUGGAGUGCAUUGUAGAUAACCUUGAACUGUAACUUAUACUUGUGACAAUACUCCUCACUGCUGGAGUAGUGCUGAGAAGGUGUGAUUUUUCUCCUACUGUGUUUCUGUAUCAAAGAGGACAAUAUGGUGGGAGAAAACAAUUUCAGCAAGCCAGUCCACAUCAUCAUCAGGAUGGCUGUCUGCUAAACUCAGACUGUGGAUUAGUGCUAAAUCUGGUAUGCUCAAUUCCAUGUUUGUUGGACUGCUUACAGGGACUAGCUGAAGCAUAUUUAGCUGCUAUUUCCUGUCCCAUCCCUGCCUAAGAAGCUAGACAGAGGUCUUUAAAUAAACUCUAAUUCCAGUAGAUUAGCAGGUAAGAGAAGCACGGGCCUACAAGCAAACACACACAAUCUUGCCACACAACUGAGAUAAACCAGCUGUAGUGUUCCAGGCUGUGAAUGACCUCUUAUUCUCAGCACUGCCCUGCUCCUGCCAACUUACAGGUAACUAUUUUGGUGCACAGUUGCUGCUUUGUUGAUUAAAAUGGGAUGCUAAACACGUACAAGUAUCUGUAGGAUUACAGACCUAUUAAUGCACCAAGUGCUUUAUUUUGAAUCUUCACCAGUGUGGGACUGCCAACAGUGUGUUUAGAUGCUGCAUUUCACAAUACGCUACCAAAUGUCCUUAUUUUUCAGAUUUUAAAAACAAAGCUGGAAGCAGGAACAUCACUUGCAGUCUCUUGCUCUGAUUUGCUGUGGUUUGCUUUUUUUUU